AGUCACAUGCAUGCGUAGGAGGAUCAGGUAGGGAGUGCGAGCUGUUGACACUACCCAACUGUCCCACAAUGUACCCUCAUUGAUCAAAACCGUAGCUGUGUGUCUACCCACGUCCAUCCCUGCAUAGAACACACGUUUGAUGAAGUCUCGCCGCCUAGCCGUCGGACAAGGAUGUAUAUGCAUUUGAGGCAAUGUGACAGGGAUUACGAACCUGAAAGCUGAACACUUUGUUUGUUGUAAGUUAGGAUGUACAUGCAUGUGUCCUGUAAACCUUGGAAUCGCCCCCUUAUGAAUUCAAAUAUAAAUACAUAUUGAGCUAUAUUACUGCGAGUGUAUAUACACCACACAGUAGAUGUGCAGUGUGCGGAACGUUUAACACAGUUUGACAGGGUAUUUCACUUCCUCGUUGUUCAACAUGGCGGGUGUCAGGAUACUCGCUGUGGUGGCGUUCGCAGGAUGGACACAGCUGACAUGGGGUUCCUGCCCAUCAGGUCAGUUUGGAGACUUCUGUAGCUACUCCUGUCACUGUGGGGCAUCCUGUGCCGAGACAACAGGUGCCUGUUCUGGAGAGUGUGAUGAAGGAUGGACGAAGGGAGGAGGGCUUUGCCAGAAACAAAACAUUGCACUGAACAAGACAGCAUCCACAACAUCCGGAGUGUUUGGCGCCUGGUUAACUUCAAAUGCUGUGGACGGAGACAGUGACAUAGCUGGUAGUCCUAGAACAUGUUUCCACGCUGGUGGAUCUCCGUCAGACUGGACAGUGGAUCUGGGCCGGGACUACCAGCUGUAUGACAUCAGGAUCUACAGCAGACGUAAUUUCUACGGGAGAAACGCGAACUCUGAUAUCUACCUGAACAAUGACACUUCAAACAUCUGCUCCACACUACCGAGUUCGUCUUCUACACCCAACCCUACUGACGUGACGUGUAACGGUACCGGCAGACAGGUGACUAUCAUGAAGCAGGGGACGGGAGGAGGCGAUGGCUACGCUAGCGCACUGAACAUCUGUGAGGUGGAGAUAUAUGCCUGCAGUCCAGGAAUCUACGGGGUGAACUGUGAUACGUUCUGUCACUGCCUGAAUUCAAGCUGUGAUCGCUUGACUGGAUUCUGUCCUGGAGACUGUAGACCGGGGUGGCAGGGACAGAGAUGUGACACAGCUUGCAACAACACUAACUAUGGUACCAGCUGCAACAAAACAUGUGCUUGGCGGAAGUGUUUAGCUACCAACUCGUCAUGUGACCCUCGCACUGGAGCAUGUGACACAGGAUGUCGUCCUGGGUGGAUAGAUGAGGACUGCACACAAGAAUGUGCCAUUGGAAAAUAUGGUGCAAAUUGCAGUGGACUGUGCUCUGACAGACACUGUGCAGGAAAAUCAUCCUGUGAUCACGUGAUAGGAACAUGCGAUUUUGGGUGUGAAGCUGGCUGGAUGGGUGCUGACUGUAAAUAUGAUUGUGAUUCCAAACAUUAUGGACCAAACUGUCUUAGUGCCUGCUCCUCCAGACACUGUUUGGGGAAUUCUUCCUGUAACGCAACAGGGGCCUGUGACAGUGGAUGUGAGACGGGAUGGACACUGGCUGACUGUACAGGGAAAGUUCUUAUAGGCCCCAGUGAGUCUGUCGGCACCCCUGAUCCCAUCCCCGCUGUAGUAGGAGCUGUUGUUGGCCUGGUGGUGGUGGUUCUGGUGGUGGUCCUUGCAGUCAUCCUGAUCAGACGAAGACGUGGGAAAAAACAUGGAAGCCCCACACUCCAGCCAGUCAUUGCUGGUAACUUAACACCCAAACAAGUUGAAAACAACGGUAUGUACAUGAAUGUCGGAUUCGAAAAAGAAGAGAAACCAGUGCUGUCUUCAAAGAAGACAUCAGGUAAAAAGACCAAUGUUCAUGGCCAGUUUGAAUCACACGGCGAUGUAGCUGGGGACGCUGUAUAUACGAAUGAUAGCACGGAUACAGAUAAAGAUGGAACUGGCAACCUUGACACCAAGAGAGCAGAGGAGGAGGAGGAAGACUACGACGUCUCUGCCCAGCCCGUACAGGUGGAGGACACACCAGAUGUCCCUGACAGAAACUACUACAACCUGGACGAUACUGGGCGUGAUCACGUGAUUCCCGUGUCCAGGCUUCAGACACGAGGGGACGAAAUGACAAUAGCAAGUGCAGAAGUGGAAUUUAAGCGACUUCCUGAUGGUUUUAUCCACUCCUAUGAUGAAUCUCAACAGCCCAGAAACAAGGGAAGGAACAGGUUCAGAGGCUAUUACCCAUAUAACUACAACCGCGUUGUGCUGCGCGACGUGAGUGACGACAGAGGCGAAGACUACAUCAACGCGAGCUACCUCGAUGGAUAUAAAGCAGAAAAGCGUUACAUAGCAGCACAAGGUCCCUACAGACCUGAAGUAGUGGUGGAUUUCUGGAGAAUGAUCUAUCAGGAGGAAGUUACAACAGUUGUCAUGGUGACGGGACUUGUAGAGGCAGGGAAGAUGAAGUGUCUUCAGUACUGGCCAGAGCAGGGAACUCUCACUUACGGCGACAUUACAGUUACCAAGGAGACAGAAACAGGACUAGCAAACUACACAGUCACAAAAUUGUCUGUUUACGCUAAAAAGGAAGACAAGAUACACUAUGUUGACCACUUUCACUACACAAGUUGGCCGGACCAUGGUGUACCCGACACUUCCGCAUUGCUGGAGUUUAUGUGGAGGGUGAAGGUCACUGCAAGACAGCAAACACAACCUGUCAUAGUUCACUGCAGCGCUGGUGUAGGCCGCACAGGUACAUACAUCGCUAUAGAGAGUCUCGUGGAUCAGGCAGCGGCAGAAGGCACUGUGGACGUCGUCAGCUUCGUUUCCAACAUGAGAGGCCAGAGGAAGAACAUGAUUCAGACUAAAGAGCAGUACCUGUUCCUGUACCAGGCCGUGGCUAUGGCGGUGUCAGAGGGGGACACGUCACUGGACGCUGACGUCGUCAGACAUAUAGAUCUCAAUCACGUGUCUGCAGUUACCAUGGGUAACAAAUCUGUACAGGAGCACAUUGAGGCUUUGGGAAAUGAAUCUGGAGGAGGUCUUCCAGAAGGUCCUAUUACCACAGUAGAGUCAUACAAAUCAAGGAAGGGAUUCUUCCUGAUAACGUCACACCUAGACAAAGAAGAAGUGUGGAAUCAAGUGUAUAACAGCGACUCGCGUUCCUUGAUCACGUGGGCUUCAGAUCAACUGAUCUACCUCCCGUCGACUGACUGUCCUGUCUCCACAUCGAGGCUGACAGCAAGCAUGAAGACAACUAAAGUUAUAUCAAAUAAUGUUAUCGUCAACACUAUUGAUCUCACAGUAAAUGGGGAUGAUAUCAUCACACCCAUCUUGCACUAUCAUUUGACCGGAAGUACACGUGACCCAAGUGUGACUCUGUUGAUUGAUAGCUUACUGACAUGGACGAGUGAUCCACAACGAGGCUCCUGCACAAUGGUUUCAGACUCUGUGGGUGAGGCUAGGUUCCUGAUCCUCCUGGUAAACAUUGCCAGCAGAAUGCAGGACGAUGGCAGGGUGGACGUCAUCAACAACAUGCGACGUCUACAAACAAGUCUCGCUGGGCCUCCAUUCUCACAGGAAGAUGUCCGCCUGUGUCUGGAGUUUGCUCAACGACGACUGGAAUCUCUUGGACUUUAUGCCAACAUGUAAAUCAUCUGCUGUUCAUUUCAACAGCGUAUCUGAUUUUCUUGCAGAUAAUUUUUUCAUACCAACACAACUAAAGCAAGUGGACUUGGCCUUUGUCAACAGGCUAAAUCAUAUUUCCGAAAAAAUUAUGUUUACGACGUUAACAAUGUUAAGUUGCAUUCGUGAUAAAACGUUAAUAAGCUUUUCAAAGAUCAAAUCGUUGUAUUCUAAUUGCAUGCUAUACCUGCAGUGACAUUUUCUAAAUUGUAUAAAUAUUUAAUCUAUUAACAAAGUUUUCGCAAACGCAUACUUCGAAUUGAACUUUAAAAACCUACGAUCUGGUGUAACAUUUGUUUCCAUUUCUUUCAUUCCAGCUAAAUUACUAGACUGGAUGUUAUGUGAUGAGGUUAACAACAUUACAAAGUGUUUGGGCAGGCCUGUACUGUUUUACUUCAGCAAGGUAUAAUAUUAUGUGAACAUGCAUACACACGUAGGGUAUAUAAAACCUUACUCGUAUUACGACUAGCAUCAACUGUCUUUACAUGUCCGAUGCAAUUGUGACUUGUACGGUAUGGUUUUUUUCAGGUGAACUAUUGUCUUGCCUUUGCAUGUGUGUGUGACUGGAGCCAAUGGUUGGGCAGGAUUUUACUGUUAGUGAUGCGCACCAGCACUAUUAAAUUGUGAUUCAUAAACAUACACUGUAAAUAAUACACUCGGAAACGUAAUUCGAUUUAGCUUUUAACAUUUGAUACAUUUUCUCGUGACUGAAAUUUUAAACAUGUUAUAUAUAUAGCUCGAAAAAAAGUGACAUGUUAAAUUAUGAUGUCUUUGAAGGGAUUUAAGUUCAUGAUAUCUAAAACAAGUCAUAUGUAUUCAAUGAAAUCAACCUAUGCCAAUAAACAAACUAUUUAUGCCUGUAAAACACACACACACACACACACACACACACACACACACACACACACACACACACACACACACACACACACACACACACACACACACACACACACACACACACACACACACACACACACACACACACACACACACACACACACACACACACAUGCAUGUGUGCACUUAUGCAAUGUUUGCAUAAGUGCAAUAAUCUUGGACGCGACGUUAAACCCUAUUUCACCUCACUUCACCUGUUACAUCUGGUAGUAAUGGUCCUUUUUUUACCUGGUAUAAGAAGAUAAACAUAUAUCAUUACAUGUUAAGAUGAUGUCAUGAGAAUUCGCGUCAUUCCAACAUGUGCGAUUUGCGUCAUAAAGAUAAGGAUUAUGUAAGCCACAUACAUGUCACACGUAGUAGUGACCCAUACAUGUUACAUAUAUUCCCAUGUCUUUGCACAUGCAAUUAUCGUCAUCUGCUAGACAUAAUAAAGUAAUAAAUUCUAACAAGACUCAUUGCUCAAGAUACACUAUAUUAGUGUAAAUCACUAAUGCCGAGUCAAUAUAUGUCUUAUCAAAUAUUGAAACAAUGUACCUUCGUGAUGAUAUUUGAAUUGGUCAUGUUGUUUAUAUGCCUUUCUGUAAAUGAUGCAAUUCAGUUUCUCAUAUUCUUGACAAAUCUCAUGGGAAUGAACUGAAACUGUGUUAAAGUGAAGAAUAAAUAAAUAGUUUUAA